CUAAUAACUAAUUAAGUAAAGUAAAAGCAGCACUCAGCGGAUUAUUUGGCAAGUGCUUGGAGCUGCUUGGCGCUUGGAGCAGGCAGCAUGCUACAGUUGCAGGCGGAGCUGGAGGUGCUGUUGUUGCUGCUGGUCGGAGCAGUGCUGGGACAGCGACCGCUGCUGAAUCACACCUUCAAUGCGCUGCCCAUGUCGCAGCACCAGAGCAACAGCUACAACAAUUACAACAACUACAACAACAACAAGCAGCUGCGCAACGGACGGCAGCAUGAGCAGCCCAUACCGCUGCCGCUGCCAACGCUGCCGGGAUUGGCGCAGCCUGUGCAUGUCUACGAUGAUUACGAGGGGCCGGAAACUGCGUAUGGCACGAGACCGUUGCCAGGUGCGCGUCGGGAUACGCGACGACGCCACAAUUUGUCGCAGGUGGGCGCAGGCGGCAUGCCACGCCCCGAGCGCAACAAUGGGCAGCGUGGCAUUGAGUCGCUGCGCAAGGAGCUCAUGAAUCCCUCGGUGGGUGGCCCAGGCGGCGGCAUUUCGGGCAGCAGCGCUGGCUACGCCUCCUAUUCGGCUACGUCAUCCAUUGGCAAAAUCGAUGGACUGGGCGGCAUUGGCUCGGCUGAUCGUUAUGGCGAGAGGCUGCGUCAGCCCAACAUUGCAGCUCCCAUUGUAGGCGCGGAUUACUCCACGCGCUUUCCGCCGCUCUAUAGUCUGGACACUCCUGCCAAGCGUCCAGUGUCGCGCAAGAAUGCCAUCAAUGAGCUGCUCAAGCUGAAGCGCCUCAACCAGGCCGACGAGCCCGCUGGCGGCGUCACUCACGGCAACAUGGAUGGUGAUGAGCACGAUCUGGAUGCGGAUCCGCUGCAGCUGAUCAAAGAUCGCAUACGUGAUACUGCACCAAGAGCUAAUGUGUAUGCACCACAUACCGAGUCCACGCCCUCGUCGGAGAUUGAGGAUCUGCUGGGCGUCAAGUGCAAUUUCGAAACUCCUUGCGCUUGGCUGUUCACCGAGCAUCUGAAUGAUGGCUUCCAAGUGCUUACGGGCACGGAGCUGGCGAACAGAAAUCGCACUGGUGUCAUGCCCGGACCCGUGGCGGACAACAUAGGCGAUGCUAAUGGACACUUUCUGUACGCCAAAGUGCAGCCCACAACGAAGCAGCUGAACUUGACUUCACCCUCGUUUAGCACCACGCUGGAGAAGUGCGUGCUGGAGGUUUUUAUGCAUCAGAGUGACAUGAGUCAUGGACUGUCACGCGUUGUGGUGGAGCCACUGCAUCCGCAGGAGAGCAGCUGGGUGCCGGCAGAAAUACAAGGCGACAAUUAUCGCAGCUGGCAGCAUCGCAGCUUCCGGCUGGGGCGCAUCUCGCGCGACUUUCGCAUUGUGUUCGAGAUUGUGCCCAGUUUGCAGGAGGGACAGAAGGCGCAUGUGGCGCUGGACAAUCUGCGCAUGGUCAACUGCUUUCCCGAGGGCACCAAGUCCGAGAAGUGCAGCACCUCGCAGGUCAAGUGCAUGAUGAACAAAGUGCCCGUCUGCAUACCGCUGCCCAGAAUCUGCGACAUCACGCGCGACUGCGACGACGCCGAGGAUGAGCAGUCAUGCGAUAAGAUACCCUUUGGUGGACGCUGCGACUUUGAGGAGGACUGGUGCGGCUGGCACGAUUCGGGCAAGACGACGCUGACCUGGUCACGCCACACUGGCUCCUCGCCGACUCAUGACACUGGCCCCGAGGGCGAUCACACACAGCAGCAUCUGCUCAACUCCACUGGCGGCUACUACAUGCUCGUGAAUAUGAAUCAGCACAUCAACGACUCCAAGAAGAACUCCAAGGUGGCCUUUGCCAGCAACGCCAUAAUGCUGAGCAAGACCUUCAAUCCGCCGCCCUCGGUGCAUGGGAAUCCUGACUCGCCCUAUCGCAAUUCCUGUGUCGUGCGCUUCUAUAUCCAUCAGUUUGGCAAGAAUCCAGGCAGCAUUAAUCUCUCUGUAGUGGAAAUGAAGGAGAAGGAGAACAUCACAACCACGCUCUGGUGGAGCACCAAGAACCAGGGCAGCGACUGGCUGCGCGCCGAGUACGUGCUCCCAAAUAUAACGUCCAAAUACUAUCUACAGUUUGAGGCACGCAUGGGCAUGCGCAUCUUCUCGGAUGUGGCUGUGGACGACUUCUCGCUGAGUCCGGAGUGCUUUGGCCUGAACAUACCCGAGGAGUAUCUCAAUGGCUACAACUACUGGGAUGUGCGACUGAAUCUCAAGAGUCCCAUGCAUCAAGACUUUGAGCAUACGAACUAUCUGGAGCUAACCACUUGCGACACACGCGGCAUGAUAGGACCGUCCCAAACGCAAUGCGAAAGCUACUACCGGGAGCAGAACCAAACGCAUGUGCUGCGCGAGGUGCACGUAGUCGAAGAUCAGAGCAGCUACAAGGGCAUGCAGCGCUGGAAAGUGCCCAACGAAGGACACUAUACCAUUAUAGCCAAGGGCGCUAGUGGUGGCCUGGGCUCUGGCGGCGUGGGCAGCUCGCGUGGUUCGGUGGCUGUAGCUGUGCUGGAGCUGCACAAGAACGAGGAGCUGUAUAUACUGGUGGGCCAGCAGGGCGAGAAUGCCUGCAUCAAGUCCAUGGGCACGCACAAGGAGGCGGGCUGCGGCUCGGAGCAUGAGCUGGAUCUCGCCCAAUACAGUUUCCGCAACAAGCAAGACAUGGUCAAGAACAUAUUCAUUGAGAAUGGCGCAGGCGGCGGUGGCGGCGGCUCCUUUGUAUUUCUGCUGAAUCAAGCCAAGAACGAGGCUGUGCCGCUGCUGGUAGCCGGCGGAGGCGGCGGCUUGGGCAUUGGCCAGUACAUCGAUGAGGACUUUCAGCAUGGCCAGAGUGUUAAGCCACUGCAGGCGGCGGAGAGCGGCCAAAUCAAUGGCGAGCCGCUAAACAAGAAGACGGCUGGUCCGGGCGGCGGCUGGCGCGCCAAGGAGGAUCAAGCGCUGAGUCCUACUUAUGGUGCCGCGCUGCUGCAAGGCGGACGCGGUGGCCAUAGCUGCUAUUUGGAGCUGGCCGAGAACAGCACCAGCGUGCGUGGUCAAGGCGGCUUUGGUGGCGGCGGCGGUGGCUGCAACACAGGUGGCGGUGGUGGCGGCUACGCAGGCGGCGAUGUCUAUCUCAAUGAGUCCAAUGGCGAGGGCGGCAGCUCCUACAUUAGCACCAGUCGCAGUUUGCGCGAUGCCAGCGAAGUCUACGCCGGCGGCAGCAGUGGAGCAGGUGCCAUCAUUAUUAUACCCGCCAUUGAAGGCUGCGGCUGCGACUAUCGCUGCGUGGCCCUGGACGAGUUUCGCUCCAAGGUGCGCUGCAUCUGCCCGGAUGGCUGGACUCUCAAGCGCGAUAACAAUACUGCCUGCGAAAUACACGAAGAGGACGGCAAGUCCUCCUUCCAGUAUCUGGUCUCCAUUCUGAUCUUCUCGCUGGUGGUGCUCUUCAUCUGCAUAGCAGCACUCAUCUUUAUGCUCUACAAUCGCUAUCAGCGCAAAAAGCAGGCCAAGCUGCGGCACAAGAUGCUAGUGGAGCAGGAUCUGCAGCUGAGCCGGCUGCGCCACAACAUUGACGACUCCAAUCUGAACAACUUCAACCCGAACUAUGGCUGCGAUGGCAUACUCAAUGGCCACAUCGACGUCAACAGCUUGCCACAGGUGGCACGCGAGAGUCUGCAGCUGGUCAACGCUUUGGGCAAAGGCGCCUUUGGUGAAGUCUACUUGGCUCUCUAUCGCCAUCGCGAUGGUGACGCUGUGGAAAUGCCUGUGGCCGUCAAGACGCUGCGUGAGGAUCCCAAGCGCGAAAAGGAGGAGGACUUUCUGAAGGAGGCUGCCAUUAUGGCCAAGUUUAAUCAUCCCAAUAUGGUGCAUCUCAUUGGCGUCUGCUUCGAUCGGCAGCCAUACUAUAUAGUGCUGGAGCUGCUGGCCGGCGGCGAUCUGCAAAAGUUUCUGCGUGAGAAUCGCAACACUCCGGAACGCCCCUCGCUGCUGACCAUGAAGGAUCUGCUGUUCUGCGCGCUGGACGUGGCCAAGGGCUGUCGCUACAUGGAGAGCAAGCGCUUCAUACAUCGCGACAUUGCCGCACGCAAUUGUCUGCUAAGCAGCAAGGGGCCCGGACGCGUGGUGAAGAUUGCUGACUUUGGCAUGUCCAGGGAUAUAUACAGAUCGGAUUAUUAUCGCAAGGGCGGCAAGGCCAUGUUGCCGAUUAAAUGGAUGCCGCCAGAGGCUUUCCUCGAUGGCAUAUUCACCUCCAAGACAGACGUUUGGUCAUUUGGCAUACUGCUGUGGGAAGUGUUCAGUCUGGGCCGCUCGCCCUAUCCAGGUCAGCACAACACGCAGGUCAUGGAGCUCGUAGUGCGUGGCGGCCGAUUGGGCUCGCCCACUGAAUGUCCCGUGUCCAUCUACAAGAUCAUGGCCGAUUGCUGGAACCCCACGCCCGAAGACCGACCCACGUUCACCAGCCUGCUCGAGCAUCUGACCGCUUGCACACAGGAUGCCAGUAUAAUGAAUGCCCCCUUGCCCAACAUACUUGGACCCACAGCUUCCGAACGCGACGACACUGUCAUACGCCCACCCAAUGGCGAGGAGUUCUGCUUGGCCGUGCCGGAUUAUCUAGUGCCGCUGCCUCCAGGCGCUGUCAAUGCGCCCAAUGGCGGCGCAGCUGCCUAUGCGCCCGGCGUUCAGCGCCAGCAGAACAACAACUGCACGCCGCCCGCUGUCACUUCGCCUGCUGCACCCAAGCCACCGCCACAGGAAGCUGCUGCUCCGCCAGAUGCUGCGGCCAACGAUUGCUGGGAGACGAGCUUCAUCUUGCCCAACUCGAAGAGCAAUCAGCCGCUGCUGGGCAACCACGCCAACGUCAACGGCCUGCCCAACGGCACAGGCUCGCGCAAUGCCUCGAAGCAGGCCACGCCCAUUAUGCGCUCGCCCACACACAGCGAUGAGGCAAAGCUCAUUAGCCUGGAUACACCACAGCCCACGCCCACAACCAUACAGCCGCCCUUGUCCUUUGCCUCGCAACUCGACGGCAUCACUCUGGACCCAGCGGCUCUAAGCAAAGCGCUGCCCAAUGGCAACGCCAACGGCGCCACCGCUGUCAAGCAGUCCUACGCCAAUGUGCAGGUGCAGCUGAAGGAUGAGCCGCCGCCGCCGCUGCGUGAGCCCAGCAAGAUGAAUGGAACGCUGCCCACGGGCCACGGCGUCGUUAUCAAUGGCGAUGCCAGCUCCAACGGCAGCGACACUCCCUUCACCAUUCAGGGCUAUGCGGAGCGCUAUAAGGACAACAACAAUCAUUCCGAGAUCAGUUGCUAAAUGGGACAGCAGAAAUUUGUUUUGUGCGCGCGUUAAGUGCGCAAAUAUUUGCUUAAAUAUAUUAUGCAUAAAUUUUUGAAAAUGAAAAUCGAGUGAGAACUUCACACAAUUUGUAUUGUAAUUAAAAAAGAAAAACCAAAAACAG